GACGGUGAGAACCAGAAGUUGCAUGAGUUGACACACUCAAUGCGCUGAGUUUAUGAGUUCGAAACUACUGCCAUUCUCAAUUGAGAAACGGAGGCACAGAGUUUCAGUACCUCGCACAGGCCCUACAGUGGAUAUAGGUGGUGGCGCCGGGAUCAGAACGGGGACAGUCAGAGCCGGGCCUGGAGGUCUCAGGGCGCAGUCCGGUAGCCGAUGGGCGGAGAAUGGGGCCAGGAAUUCAGUAGGAGGUUAAUUACUGCCGGCAGGCGUCACAACCCGCUCGCAGACCCACGCGGAGUGGGGUGCGGACUCGGCGUCCCCGAGGAGCUGGUCGCCCGCUGGGGCGCGGAGCCGCGGAGUCCGGGGGGGAGGACAGCCGGCACCCGGGCGCGUGGGUGGCGGCUCUGGCUCGGGACCAUGGAGAAGACCAGCCUCCGGCCGUCCUAGAGCGGCGCGGCGCUGGGGAACGCCUCCGCCCGCGCUUCCGCCUCGGCGGCGGUCGGCGGGAGCGACCGGGUCUUCGGCGGCCCCGCGCUGUGCGGUGGCCCGCCCCCAGCCCCUGUCCCGAGGCUCGGGCGUCAGGGCCCACAGACAUCGCCCAAGGGGCCCUUGCCCGCCGAGGCGCCACCAACCCUCCUGCCCCGAAGAGCUGGCCUGACGUCCCCCGGCUCGCGGUACCCGGGGUGGGGGGCGGUGACGCGUGGGGUCGCCCACUUCCCGCGGUGGAGUGUUCAGAUUCGCGUCGGGUCUCCGGUCAGCAUCGCCCCCUGGGACGUUGAGCGGCGCCCCCUUUCCCCGGGGGCCAGAUCACCACUUGGAUUUUGCCGUGCAGCCCGUGGUUGGUCCAGGGCCCGGUUAUCCUACCUUUUCUCUCAAUGCUCAUUUGGGAUCUUUGCCACCAUCGCUAGAAUCAUUCCGUACAAACUUACUGGUAAUUCACUCAUCGUGGGCCAGGGAUUUUUCUUGAAAGCCACAAAUCCACGGCAGCUCUUGACUCUCGCUUCUCAGACAUCCUUUCGAGGAAUCUUCAGCCUCGCCAGGCAGCUUUGUCGAAUUUACACAGGAAGCAGAUUCAGCACCCCACGAACCACUGGAGGAGCUCGGCAGGUGCUUGCUUUUCCAAACAGAGAGGGCAGUGCAUGAAGCCAGGGGUCAUCAGCCAUGCUCCAGACUCUGUGGUCCCAGGAGCCAGUGACCUUUGAGGACGUGGCCGUGUACUUCACCCGGAAUCAGUGGACUAGCCUGGACCCCAUGCAGAGGGCCUUGUACCGGGAGGUGAUGCUGGAGAAUUAUGCAAAUAUAACUUCCUUGGGAGCAUUUCCAUUCCCCAAACCAGAGCUGAUACUCCAGCUGGAGCGAGGAGAGGCACCGCGGGGCCUGGAUCCCUGGACACCCACGGGGAGAGAGGCCCCGGGAGAUGUCCACACAGGUGGUAAAAACAAGACUGCGAAGGAGGAGCAAACCCCAAGGCCGGACGUUUCUGUAGCAUCGGUGGCCCAGAGACUGGCGGUGGAGGGGCUGCUCCCGGACGGUCCCCAGCAGCCUCACCUUAAAGCCAGCUUGGAGGAGCCACCGCUGUGUGACCUGGGGGCGGACACGGGCUCACACGGAGGGGGUUUCACGGGCUGGCUGGUGCAGGGGUACAGACCCUCCACCAGGGAAAGGGAGGAGCCAGCCAGCACACCGCAGGGAAGCGCCGGUGUCCGUGUCCUGACGAAGCCAGGCCUGCGCUGGGGCCCAGCAGUUUACGCGUGCGGCGAGCGGGGCCGGUGUUUCGGCCUGCCUUCAGACCUGCAGCGGCAUCAGAGCGUCCACACGGACGACAGGCCCUUCGGAUGCAAGGAGUGCGGGAAGGCCUUCAGGUACAGCUCCAAACUGGCCCGGCACCAGAAGAGCCACACCGGGGAGAGGCCUUACUCGUGCCAGGAGUGCGGGCAGGCCUUCGGCCAGAAUUCCCACCUCCGGCAGCAUCGGAAACUGCACGGCGGCGACAAGCCCUACGAGUGUCAGGACUGCGGGAAAACCUUCAGCUACAACUCCAAACUCCGCCGCCACCGGCGGGUCCACACGGGGGAGAAGCCCUUCCAGUGCGAGGCCUGCGGCAAGGCUUUCCGGUGCAGCUACGACCGCCUCGUCCACGAGCGAAUCCACACCGGGGAGAAGCCCUACGAGUGCCAGGCGUGCGGGAAGAGCUUCAGCUCCGCGUCGGUGCUCGGCCAGCACCAGCGAACCCACACCGGGGAGAAGCCGUACGCGUGCGAGGAGUGCGGGAAGGCCUUCGGCCGCAGCUCCGCCUUCCUCCAGCACCGGCGGCUGCACACGGGCGAGAAGCUGUUCAAGUGCACCGAGUGCUGGAAGACCUUCAGCUGCAGCUCGCGCUUUGCCGUGCACCGGCGGGUGCACACCGGGGAGAGGCCCUACGGCUGCCAGGAGUGCGGCAAGGCCUUCAGCCAGAAGGUCACGCUGGUCCAGCACCGGCGGCUGCACACCGGCGAGAGGCCCUACGAGUGCGCCGCGUGCGGCAAAGCCUUCAAGUGGAGCGCCAGCUUCGUCCAGCACCGCAAGCUGCACGCGCGCCGGGGGGCGGCGCCGGGGCCCGGGCCCCGCCGCCCCGCGCUACCCGCCCCCGCCCUGCCGGGGGCCGCCCCGCCUGCCCCACACCCCGCGCCGCGGCCCCCGCCGCCCGCGCCUGGCUUCGCGCUGCGCCCCCGGGCCGCGGCGGCCGGCCCUUCGCCCGGGCGAGUAGCGCACGGCCUUCGGGACCUCACUUCCCCAGGGAGCCCGAACCCCUCGCCCCACGCCCGGUGAGCUCCCUCACGCUCUCCCCCGCCCGCCCGCCCGCCCAGAGUCCUGUUGCCCCGGCCCCGCGUCUCUGUCGUUGCUCUCCUGGGCUCGUGUAAGUCGUCGUUGCUUUCCCAGUUCCACGUCUGGUCUCACCCUUAAGGACCGUGUUGGAUUCCCCGCUUCCGUCCCCUGGGUAGGAAAUGGUGGCAGCUGUCCCUUGUGCUGUUCGGGAUGGGCCGGUAGCCUCGGUCUGCACCUGCCUUCUCUACUGGAUUUGGAGGAGUUUACAGAAGAUCUGGGGGGUUUAGGGGCGCGGCAUGCCAAUGACAUGGCCUGCUGUAGUUCAAGAAAUUGGGGAGGGGCACCUGGAUGGCUCGAUAGGUUAAGCAUGGGACUUGGGCUCAAGUCAUGAUCUCUGUUCCAGCCCCGAGUAGGGCUCUCUGCUAUCAGCACAGAGCCUGCUUUGGAUCCUCUGUCCCCCCUCCUCUCUGCCCCUCCCCCACUGGUUCUCUCUCUCUCCCUCCUUCCCUCCCUCCCUCAGAAAUAAACAUUAAAAAAAGGGGGUGGGAUGCAAAGCCCAUGGGAAGUAAUCGAAGGAGGUAUGCAGUGAUUGCUUUCAGGAAUUAAGGAGGGCCAUUUGGUGGGGAAGUAGCAAGGCUCACUGUGUGGCAUCUGAGCCUGGGACUUUUUGUUACCUUGAUAAUGACCAUUAUGAGGAUCCUGUGUAACUAAGCAAUAGGCGGAGGAGAUAACCAGUAAAAAGAAUAGGAAGUGAUGAGUCAGCAUUGAUGGCAAUAAUGUAAAAUUACGUUCCUAAACUUGAUUGGAAGGGGAUGUGGCUUUUCUGUUGGGUUCCUUUUCUGUCCCUAGCCACAUCUUUUUUUUUUUUUUCUUUUCUUCAGUGCCCACUCAAAUACGUAGGUAGGAAAGUGAUUAGGGCCUGUGCAUUGAGAGCAGAUGCCUGGGUGUAGCCAUCUCUCAGUUAUACAUGGAAUGAACUUGUUGGCAACACAGUGUCGAGCGUCAGAGGGAAGGAGAGAGACCUAACCCUGACCUGCUGUAGCUCCUGCCUCAAAGGAGAGUUUAUUCCUAACCAUACGCAUCCUCUGAUGUGUUCUCACACCUACUCCACAUCCUCUGUGGUACAAUCUGAGUUUUUGGUUUUAAGUUAAUUUUGUAAUGAACUAUUUUGAGAGCACCGAGAAGGGUUUAUGGACGCAAAUGUUACCAGAUGGUAUGAUGCCACCGGUGUGGCUAUGCUUCCUGUCUAGUGGCAUGGUCCUUCUCAGAAUCAUUGUUUCAGGACGACAGUAGCAACAUGGAAAGGUACUUUAAUUAACUAAGCAGGAAUACCACACUAAGUAAAUGAUAUAUACACUGUUACUAUGACACCAUAAAAUGAUGUCUGCAAGGGAGAGCAUAAA